UAUGAAUCGUAUUCAUAAAACAUACUAUAGUGCAAAUGCAAGAUAUUUAUCAGAUGAGGCCAUCAAAGACAUUAAAACAUCAUUCGGUAGGGUACCUGAUGCCAUAAAUACAAUGGCAAAAAAAUACCGUAUAUCUGUUUCUCGAGCCAAAGAAUAUAUUGAGAAUCAGGAACAAAAACAGCAAAUGAUAGAUUCUUAUCCAUCUCAGAUACAAAGUACAAUUUCUUCUGAAAUAACAUCCAUAUCUCUAGACCCGAAGGUUAAAACUUCGGAUAGACAGAUAAAAAAGAGGCUAUCAAAACCCAAAUCUAUUCGAGUUUCUGAUUUAUCCACUAUUAAUGAUACCCAAAUUGAGCAAGCAUUAAAUGAGGGAGAGAAACAAAUAGAAGAGUCAGAUCAUAAAUUAAAUAGUCACUUUGUCUUCCUCUAG